ACGGGUAUUGACGGUCUUAAACGAGGUAAUGUUUUUCUCGCAGUAGUAUGAGGAUAACGAACCAGCGGGAUUGAGUUGCUGUUAGUAGCCUGUCAGCCGACGGUUAGUAAACCGAAAACAUCAGUAGCAAUUUCUCAGAAGAACUCGGGUUUAUCAGCGACGAAGACACAAUCUUUUCUGCCGGCGGUGUUUGUUUAUCUUCAUGGAACCGUCGGGCUGGAGUUUGUCUGAGGUCUUUCUGCUGUCCGUGGAUUAACACAAGAGUCGACUCCGAAGCGCUGUGUUAUCAGUUAAAGAGUGAAAUUGUGGAUUAUGCGCCUGCAUCACAUGUGAAUAUUUGUGGCUUUUUUGGAGGUUGUUUGCUCCUCAUUUUUGUGGACUGCAUAAACUCGAAAUUCAGUUAAGUCCGGACAAGACCGAGCGGACACUUGUUGAAGUACAAUUUACCGAGAAAACCUUUGCCCAACUGCUCUGAGCUGUGCUAAUGUCAAUAGCGAGAUUUUAGCUAACGAGGCUAACAACUUUCUCCAACACUGGGGUUAAAUCUUUUAGCACAAAUCGCUUUUAAUGUAAGUCUGUUAGGUGUUAACUGAUGCCAAGUGUCCUCAAGUUGGUAAAGUGCGUUUGUCAUCAUUGUUGAAGAUGGCACUGACAGCAGCUUAGCUAACUGGGCUAGCUGCAGCUGUUACUCUGCUCUCCGUUCACCUCCAGCGUUAUGUUAGCAAUGACAGCUAACGUUCUGUCAACGUUAGAUUCAAACAAGUGGUUCGCUGGAAGUGUGUCAAUAUGAAGUUAUAUGGUGACGAUAACUUCUGUUAAUCAACACGCAUUUCGUCCAGAAAGUUAUUAAAGUUAAUUUUCAAGCUUAGAUAAUUUGCAAAGCUUUAUAUUCGCCGCUAUCAAAGCAUAAGAAGCCAACUUUUAUUAACCGGAGCUUUAACGUUAGCUUAGCUACGUUAGCUACUAUCUCGUCUCACAAUAACAACUCUGAUACUGUGGCCAGCCGAUCUGUCUCUGAAUUAACUUUGGCCAACGAGUAAUGUGUGCAAUGUUUUUAAAACUCUGAUGGGUUCGCCGCAACGCUCACUGAGAGACUUUGAAAAAUAGACUCCCAGCACCGUCUUCCACUUUUUUCCAACCACCAAGUAGCUGAAGUUGUAAAAACUGCGGCCCGCACAAUGUCCGGCUCCCCGGGCACAGGUGGCUCAAACCCCAGAAAGUUCAGCGAAAAGAUAGCGCUGCACAACCAGAAGCAAGCAGAGGAGACGCGGGCCUUUGAACAGCUGAUGACAGACCUCACAGUUUCAAGGGUGCAGUUUCAGAAAAUCCAGCAGCUUCGUUUGUCUCAGCCACGGGUGCAGUACUAUGGAGGCUCUCUGCCCAAUGUCAAUCAGAUCGGCAACACCAGCGCUGAAUUUCAGGGUGGCUUCCCGUCAGGAUUAGACUCAGUCAGGGGGACACGGCACCAUGGUCUGGUUGAGAGGGUCCACAGGGACCGCAACCGCAUCAACUCUCCCCAUCGCCGACCCAUCGACAAGCACGGCCGGCAGAUAGAUAGCUCUCCGUAUGGAACAGUGUACCUGUCCCCACCUCCGGACAAUAACUGGAGAAGGGAACAACAGCCAUGGACUGAGGAAAAACGGCCUGGGUUUAGAUUAAUAUCACAACUCAACAGAACCAAUUCAGACUCUGCUCUCCAUACAAGCGCUAUGAACCCAAACCCUCAGGACCCCUUUGGCAUGAACCAGCAGAUGGGUCGAGGUCCCCCCCAGCGUAAUGGCUGGCAUGCAGCUAGUGUAAAUGAGGCAGAGGUGGACGGCUCUGGAGAUGUCUUCUCCUUCCCCACCCUGCCAAAUGAGGAGAGUCUAAUAGGUGUCAGUAAGCCCCUUCCCAAGCAGCUGUGGGAGGCCAAGAAGGUCCAGUCUCUGGCAUCAAGACCUAAAUCCUGUGAAGUGCCUGGAAUCAAUAUAUUCCCAUCUCCGGAGCAGAACCCCGGUCUGUCUCACUACCAGGGCUCAUUAAACACCGGCGGUUCACUGCCUGACCUCAGCAACCUGCACUUCCCCUCCCCACUCUCUACCCCGCUGGACCCUGAGGACAAUGGAGGGUAUCCAAACCUCAGCGGCGGCAGCAGCACCGGAAACCUGCCAGCCGCCAUGAUGCACUUAGGCAUCGGCAACUCACAGGGACUCUCCUCCUCUCUGAGCAACCCCUCAAUUCAGGCGUCCCUCAACAACUGCCAGCUGCAGUCUUCGCUCAGCAAUCCGUCCAUCAACUCGUCCCUGCGUAUGUCCAGCAACUCCCCCCGGCGACGACCAGCUCCCAUCAGCCCCCUCACCCUGUCUCCAGGUGCUGAGCAGCGCAGGGGUUUGGCCAAGCAGCUGUCUCCCACCAUGUCCCCUUCGCUGUCCCCCAUCACACAGGGAGUUGCUUUGGAUACCAGCAACAUGCCAAGGGAGCCACCCCCACCCUACCCUCUCUACCAGCAAUCCCAGCAUGCAGUGGACCAGGGCCGACAACGGCAACAGCAGCACCAGCAGCAUCAGCAGCAGCAGCAGCAGCAGUCACAACAACAACAGCAGCAGCAGCAACAGCCUGUUUCCCCUCUUCAGAGCAUCCCACUGGACUUCAACACGAGCCAACACAACAAUAUGGCAACACUCUUCAGUGACCCCUUCAUGGAGCCCCAGUACUCCAAUCGUCAGAGCAAGACCCUCCCCUAUCAGUUGGACCAGUUCAGUCUGUUGGAAAACGCAAUGAGCUCCACAGCGGGGGGUUCUUGCUUCGACCCUUCCUCCUCUGGCUCCUCGCUCUACUACUCCCAGGCUGCUCUCUCAGGACUGGGUGGCAGCCAUGGCAGCCUGCAGGACCCGAUGCACAUGAGGGCCAGCAUGCUGUACUCCAACUGCAGCGGAGGACUCCCUAACAUCAUACUCACCGAUGACUCCCACCCCAGUCUGUCAAAGGAUAUAAGCAGUGCACUCUCCACAGUGCCUGAAUGUUUUGACUCAGAGGGAGGCUUCCCGUUGGAGGAUGAGCUGCGCAUCGAGCCCCUCAGCCUGGAUGGUCUGAGUAUGCUCAGUGAUCCUGACAUGGUGCUGCCGGACCCGUCUGUGGAGGAUACCUUUCGCAGUGACAGACUCUGAAUGUAAAGAGUGUCACAGGUUUAAAAAGAAAACACACACACACACACAUAUGGAUUUGCAGUGUAUAGAGUGUACAAAUCUGAAUAUGCAUGCUUACAAUCUUUGUAGGGCCACUGUGCAUGCAUCCACUGCCACUAAGAUUCAUUAAAUGUGAAAGACAUUAACACCACAUACACAGUCAUGGACACUUUUAAAAGAGGAGACUUGUGAACAAACACUGUUUACACCUGCUUCACGCAAAGUUACCCUCAUACACACUCGAGCUCGUAUUUCUAUUUAGGAGGGGGAGUGAUGCGGUUUAGAGUUUAAGAUCAGCUUUGGGAUCAGAAGCAGGUCCACAUCUGAGACUCUGCGUCUCCCCCCUCGAACCAAAAAGACCUGGACAAACACAUGAGGUGAUGCAGCGAGGAGCCAAAAAGUCCUCCCCGCUUCGUUUUCUCUCAUCAUCAGCUCACAGCCCCCCUGAAGCCAUGGCAACCUCGUCGCCAUGGUUACACACCAUAGCAACCCCAUUGCAGUGCUGAAGAGCAGCAGAAAUGCCUACACACGAUUCACUUUUCUUACAGCUCCAGUAUAUGAGUGAAUGAGAGCUCAGAGAUGAAACAUCUGGCAGCCAGUUUUCUUCAGGUGAAGUAAAAUCCAGUUGUGCGGCAGCUGCUUCAGGCUCUCAAACAAUCAUGGUAGAAAUGAAGACUAAAGGAAUUUAAAUGUAUUUCUAUGCUAUUAGAUUAUUUUUGCCACAGAUUUAUAAAUAUAUAUGUACACAUAAACAAGCCUCAAUUUCAGUCUGAUUAGAAUGUGUUUUCAAACUAGAGACAAAAAGGGCAAACUGUUUACAAAGAUGAGAUUUUAAUAAGUAAAUAUUACUAAAGAGUAUAGAUUUUUUUGAAUUUCUAAUUAAGAAAUACACUUCUAAGAUGUAUUACAUAAAUGCUAUAUUUUUCCGUGCGAUCUGGAUGGAUGCCCUCCCCCCCGCCUCUGUCACAGAUGAGUCAGCUGUGAUUUCCUCUGGCAGAACUUUGACAGCACAGGGACAGUGUCAAAAUCCACUUUUAAGAAAGGAACUUCACAUUUUUGACAUGUUUUUGAAAAAUACUUCUAUGUAUAUUCAUCACAUAUGUUUUAUUUUACAUUUUGUACCAACUUGUAAUGGCGCUUGUACUGUACUUUAAAUCUUGUUGUGAAUAAGGGCAUGCGCUACUGUGCUACUGUGGAUCGAUUAUGUCCCAAAUAUGUGUUUGCAUCCGGCUUUCUGUCCUUGUGUUAAGGCAGUACAGUAACCCCCACCCCGAACCCCAGCCCCUACUCUGUGGCUGAUCAGUCACAGUGACUACUCAUUCAGAGAGCAGACUAUAAUCAUGUGGACAUCGGACAUCAUGUAACAUUGCACUUAACCUCUUUUGCACUUAUUGGUUCACAUUGUGUAGACUAAUAUUUUUACAAUAGGUAAGAGUGUUUUGUUUUUUUUGUUUUUUUUAUCUGAAAACCCAAAGAAGAUGAAUGAAGCCAUUAAUAAGAAAAAUGUGUCUUUAUGUGACUAAAUAUGUUUAGUCAUUGCACAUACACACAUUUCAAAGCACCAGUGACAGGUGUUUAAUUUUGAGGUGAUGUGUGAAAAUUGAUGACAUUUUACUUGGGCUUUGGCCAUGUGGUCCUGCAGUGAUAUGUUUUUGUAAAGAGCUCACAUUUACAGUUGAUUAUGUAAUAACUGAGGCAUUUAGGGCAUUGAGUGCCCCCUAGUGUCUCUUUUAAUAAAGUCAAAGAGCUAUUUUUAAUAUAAAAAAAGAUUUGGAGCAACCUUCUGACUUCGCACUUUUAUGCUAUGCAAGUUUUUUCAAUCAAUAAGUGAAACCUGUUGAACAGGUGCAACUUGAACAUUAUGCAGUGUAACGUGGCUAACAGGUUCAUUUUGUCAUGUGCACAGUGUGUGGGAUCAAAUUUACUAGAAGUCACAAUAUUACAUGUGUCCAGUGUCCACAGUGUGUGUCAAUUAGAAGAGAGUCUGCAUCUGUGUUUAAUUGAUCUACAGUCAGAGAACAAGAGAGAUUGUAGUGAAUGAUUUUAAAGGAACUCGUGUAACAUUUUGCACCAAAGACAAGAUGCUGCACGGCACUGUUUGUGUGUUUUCUUCUUUUCUUUUUUUUUACUUCUCAGUCAGAAGGUGUCAGACCUGCACUGUGUGGACUGUGGGUUCUUUCUGAGUGUGUGGGAGAGAUUCAGUGUGAUUAUUUGUCAAAUACAAAAUGAAGAGGGGUGUUGGGGUUAUCAUGAGGUUGUUUUCUAAGAAUUUAUAUUCAGUUUAAGCUAUUAUACAUUUUUAUCUGCUUUGUUGUUAACUCUGUAAGACAGUGGAUGAGUGAUGGAGCCACUUUGCAGUUAAAUUUUUCCAGCAUUUAUUAUGUUUUUUUUUUUUCUUUCCUCUCUCCCAGCCUGUUUCCUGCUGUCUAAACGCCUAUCUUCUGCUGCCUUACUUUGUUGUAUUUUAACUUUUCAUAUUCCAGCAGUAACCUGUAUCAGCUUGUAAUCACUUCCCUUUAGCUUUAGCUCUGUUUGGUACUAACUGCCUGUGGUUGUUUUCUGUCACUUAGUCUCACUGUUUUUUUUGUUUGUUUGUUUUUUUUUGUUUUUUUUUUUUUGUUGUUUUUUUGGUGUCUUACUUUUUUUAGUUGCAUAUUAAAUUGUACAGUUCUGUUAUUUAAAGAAUGUUCUUGUCCACUAGUGUUACUACUUUUUUUUUGUUGUUUUGUAAUGUCAUUUGUUUCCCCUCAAGACAUAAAAUUUUCUUAGUUUGUAACGUAUGUAAUAGUGCUUAUCUUUCUGAUUUAAUAUAAACAAUAAAACUCUGUACUGUGUA